CAAAUGUGCGUAUACCUGAGGGGUGAUGGAGCAGGGCGGAGAAGGGAGAUGGGCAAGGGAUGGAGGCAUGGAGAGAGAGACCCGGGACAGCCUCAGAAGAAAGAGGACGGUGCAGGAUGAGAUGGAGAAUAUGGACACAGUCCUCCCUGCUGCUGCUGCUGUUGCUGCUGAGUCCUUGUCUGCGGGGGACACCUGACUGCUACUUCAGCCACAGUCCUAUCUCCUCCAACUUCCACUUGAGGAUCAGCGAGCUGACUGACUACUUGCUUAAAGAUUACCCAGUCACUGUGGCCAUCAACCUUCAGGACGAGAAACACUGCAAGGCCUUGUGGAGCCUCUUCCUGGCUCAGCGCUGGAUGGAGCAGCUGAAGACUGUGGCAGGGUCUGAGAUGCAAAAACUCCUGGAGGCUGUCAACACGGAGAUACAUUUUGUCACCUCAUGUGCCUUCCGGCCUCUACCGGAAUGUCUUCGCUUCGUCCAGACCAACAUCUCCCACCUCCUGCAGGACACCUGCACGCAGCUGUUGGCUCUGAAGCCCUGCAUGGGGAAGGCCUGCCAGAAUUUUUCUCGGUGCCUAGAGGUGCAGUGCCAACCAGGUAGCAGCAACGCCGAAAACCAGCACCCCCAGUACCACCAGGCUUGCUUACUGUGUGUCCUUGAGGCUUCUGCUUCCACUAGCUGGAACUUGAAACAAGAGUCCUCUACCCUGCUACCCCCAAAGAAUCCUGUAGCCCUAGAAGCCACUGGGCGUCCAGAGCCUCCGUCCAGUCAUCUGUUUUUCCUGCUGCUGCUGCUGCCUCUCACACUCGUUCUGCUGGCAACUGCCUGGUACCUUCACUGUCAGAGGGCAAAAUGGAGGAGGACAGUGCACCACCCUGGGGUGCCCCUCACCUCCCAUCCCUAGAAUAUGAAACUUGUGCAGCGUUGACUCCGCCAAGGUCUUGUCUCGAGUUGGGAACCAAACAAGGAAAAAGCUAGGCAAAUACUGUGCUACUGAACUCCAUGCCCUGCCAGAGGACACAAUGUCCAGGAAUGGUGAUGAACAUUCCAGUACUUCUGAGCUGGCGAUGCUGAAGCUGGAAAAUACUGACUUUAAGAAAAGCAAAAAGGAAGAAAGAGAAAGAGAGGACACUGUAGCUCUGUGUGGCUGCUUCUGUCAUCCCAUCUCCUUAAAAUAAAAAAUGGCUGCUGGGCGUGGAGCUGCCUGCCUGAAAUCUUAGUAGUCGAGAGGCUGAGGCAGAGGGGUUUAAACAGCAAGGCCAGCCCUGGGAACUUAGAACACUGAAGAGUAGCAGUGCUGGGCGGGGCUGGGGGAAUGCUGGGCGG